CAUCGCCUCUUAUUCUCUAAACCACGAAAUAACACACUCUCACCAGUCAUUUCCAUAAAAACUCACCGGCGCCUAAAACCCCUCUUUCUGACUUUUUCUCCAAGUUUCUCUCUCCUCAAAACCGCACUCACUGUGUUACAUUUGUGGAACAUUCAACAACAAUAUCAAAUUCUUUCUUUCUUCACACCUCCACGAGCUAGAGAUUGCGAUUUUUACAGCGUGGCAUUCUCUAUUGUUGCAAGAUUGAAGGGAAUUUUAUCAUUCCAUGGGUGUCAACAUAGUUGUGAUCUGGAGAGAGAUAUAGCUUAGUUUUAAAGUUUACAACGCUAAGGGCUAAUAGUUGGUCAUGGCUACAAGAGCAAUAUUGCGUCGGAGGAAAGCCCUUGUCAGUGCAUGGUCUCAAUCCAAUGCCUCAUUCCGUUGUUUUUCAAGUUUUGAGCAUGGGCAGUCUUCUUCUGCUCCUCACUCAGGGGAUCCAAGUUGGGCCGUCGCUCUUCCUUCUGCAGAUUCUGAUUCGAGGAAAGAGAGAGAAUCAUUUUCAAUAACCAAGGACAAGUUACAACUUUUCUCUUCUGUGGGGCUUUUACGUAAUAGCUUGGUAAAUCCAGCUCUCAGAUCAGCUGAUGUGCGCCUAUAUUACGGAUCUUCUAUAGGAGCAACUUGGCUGUCUCAGUCCCUGCGCAGCUACUCUUCAACAGCAACAGCUGGUCAACCAGAGUACCGUGGAGGUAGUGACAAAAAUGCAGAGAAGGUUGCUGCUCAAUCAAAGGAAGCUUCACCUGAAGAUUGUGAUCAAGCUGUUGAAGGCCUCAGUUCAGCUAAAGCUAAAGCCAAAGCUAAGCAAAUGCAAGAAGCUCAAAAGAGUGAGAAAUCAGUCCUGCAAAGAGUCUGGGCUAAACUUCUAGGUAUUGGGCCUGCCUUGAGGGUUGUUGCUUCAAUGAGCAGAGGGGACUGGGUUAUUAAGCUUCGGCAUUGGAAGGAUGAAUUUAAAUCUACGAUGCAGCACUAUUGGUUGGGCACAAAAUUACUCUGGGCUGAUGUUAGAAUAAGCUCGAGGCUGCUUUUGAAGCUUGCUGGUGGCAAGAGUCUAUCAAGGAGGGAGAGACAACAACUCACCCGCACUACAGCUGACAUCUUCAGGCUAGUUCCAGUUGCAGUUUUCAUUCUUGUCCCGUUCAUGGAGUUCUUGCUGCCAGUAUUCCUGAAAUUAUUUCCAAACAUGCUGCCAUCAACUUUUCAAGACAAGAUGAAGGAACAGGAGGAUCUAAAAAGGAGGCUAAAUGCAAGAAUCGAGUAUGCCAAGUUUCUUCAGGAGACGGUGAAAGAAAUGGCCAAGGAAGUCCAGAAUUCUCGUAGUGGAGAGAUCAAACAGACAGCAGAAGAUCUUGAUGAAUUUAUGAAUAAUGUUAGGAGGGGUGAAGAUGUCUCCAAUGAAGAAAUUUUGGGUUUUGCUAAGUUGUUCAAUGAUGAGUUGACUCUUGACAACAUUAGCAGGCCUCGAUUGUUAAAUAUGUGCAAAUAUAUGGGCAUCAUGCCAUUUGGGACAGAUGCAUAUUUGCGAUUUAUGCUUCGGGACAAGCUUCGAAAGAUUAAAGAGGAUGACAGGAUGAUUCAAGCAGAAGGUAUUGAGUCACUUUCAGAGGUAGAGCUUCGUCAAGCAUGUAGAGAUAGAGGUUUGCUUGGCUUACUUUCUGUUGAAGAAAUGCGUCAACAGCUGCGCGAUUGGUUGGACUUAUCGCUCAAUCAUUCUGUUCCAUCAUCUCUUCUAAUUCUUUCCAGAGCCUUCAAUGUGUCUGGAAAAAUCAAGCCUGAGGAAGCUGUGGAGGCUGCACUUUCCUCGUUGCCAGAUGAGGUUGUUGAUACUGUCGGGGCAACAUCUUUGCCUUCUGAAGAUACAGUUUCAGAAAGGAGGAGAAAGUUAGAGUUCCUUGAAAUGCAGGAAGAAAUGAUCAAGGAAGAGGAGGAGAAACAGAAAGCAGAAGAAGAAAAGGCCAAAUUGAAGGAGUCGACUGUUAGCGAAAAGGAUUUGGCCUUGGAAGAGAUGGUGGAUCCAACUACCAGGGAGGCACAAGAACGCGCAAAGGCUGCAUUAUCAGAUAAAGAUGAUCAGCUUUGUGAGCUUAGUCGAGCAUUGGCUGUUUUAGCUUCAGCAUCUUCAGUGAGCAGGGAACGAGAAGAGUUCCUGAGACUUGUUAAUAAGGAGAUAGAGUUAUACAAUACUAUGGUGGACAAGGAGGGGAAAGAAGGAGAAGCUGAAGCUGAGAAGGCAUACAAAGCUGCUAAGGAGGUUCACGAGGAGGAGUCGGAUAAUGCUGGAGUUUCUUCAGCCCUUAUAGAUAAGGUGGAUGCAAUGCUUCAAAAACUUGAGAAAGAAAUUGAUGAUGUGGACGCUAAAAUUGGUGAUCGUUGGCGGUUGCUAGACAGGGAUUACGAUGGGAAGGUGACUCCAGAAGAAGUGGCUUCCGCAGCUGCAUAUCUAAAGAACACAUUGGACAAAGAUGGUAUCCAAGAGCUCAUCACAAAGCUCUCAAAAGACAGAGAUGGAAAGAUACUCGUCGAAGACAUUGUUAGGCUAGCCAGUCCGAAGGACAGUGAGGAAGCUGAAUCUGAAAGAUGAAUUGGUUCAUCCACCUUCUAGAUUCCUUAGAGGCCAUUUUGAGGUCGUUGUCUUGACCUGGUCAUGACUUGGAUACUGGCAUUAAUACGCAAUUUUUCAGGGAAAGAAUGUUCGAGUUGGUAACAAUGGUGCCUAAAUUUUUUGCUUGGGCCACCGCCUCUUUUGUCAUAAUUCAUUUACCUUGUAGUACAUUACUGAAUAUCAUAAUCUGCCAAUACUGUGCAUAUAGAUUACAAAGGAAAUGUCAUGUGCAUAUGUUCAAA